AUGGAUACCUUAAUAAAAAUAAACGAUGUAAUAUUUAUCGAUCUUCAUAAUUACUAUGAUAAAGUAGAUGAAUCAGAAGACGUAAACAUUUUUGAAGCCAACAAUUUAGAGGAUGUUGAAAAUUAUAAAAAUGAUGAGAAAAUUAGUUGUAAAAUAGAAAUAAAACAGCACGUGAACAUUUUUAAUGAUUUAGUUAAGGACAAACAUGUCAAUUAUGACAUUUCCAAAAAAUUUAAGACUAAUAAGUUAGAUAUUAUUAGAAUGAUUCAAGCUAUUAAUAAUUCUUAUGUGAAACAGGAUGAAUUUCAUUAUACAAGAUUAAUGAUGAUUAUAUGUUUAAAAAAUAACAUUUAUCAAUAUGUAAAUAAAUAUUUGAAAUGUGUCAUAAAAAAUUAUGAAAUGAGUAAAUAUAAAAAAGAAGCAAAAAACUUUAAUAGUUUGAUAUAUAGCAAAGGCAGUGGUGAGAUAGACAAGGGUAUAUGGAACAACAAUGAACAAGAAAAGGGAAUAAAAGAUUAUUCGGAACUGAAAGAUACAAAUUUCCUGUUCAUUAAAUUUUUAGGUAAAAAUAUUUCAAUAAAUUAUGAGAUGUUAGAAAAUUCUCAGAAUACUUCAAAAUAUAUUAAAGAAGAAGAAUGGGUAUAUUUAAAAGAGAAAAUUUUGCUCUUAAUUAAAAAUUCAUGUGUAAUAAAUUAUGAUAAUAACGAUAAUUUUACCAUGUUAAUGGAGUUUAUUAAUAAGAAUAUGUAUAGAUCUUUUAAAAGACAUAAAAGUAUAAUUGAAAUGAAGAAAUUUAACGUAUGCUUAUAUUUUAUUGAUAUAUUUUUUAACAUAUUCUUGAUAGAUUAUCCCUAUAGAUGGGAAAAUUUAAUAGAAAAUAUAUCCAAUACCUUUAAUUUUAUUUCUAUUUACAAAAACAACGAUUUAUUAAAUUUGAUAAAUAAUGAUUAUUACUCCACAUUAAGUUGCAUUACUGAUUUGAUAAAGUGUAAUACUUCAAUUAACGAAAUGGAAAAUGGAGACAAUAAUGGAGAGAAGGAUAAUUACAGGAUGAUAAUACACUUUCAGAACUUUUAUUCCUUAAUGUUCCUAUUGAACAAAAUGUUAAAAAAAUACAUACCGAGAAAGCAGAAUAGUAAUUCGUAUUCUGUAUUGUAUCAUAAUUACUUUAUCUCGCACAUAAAGAAUAGUAAUAAAGAUUUUCUAGAAACAGAAGAUUAUAGCUCUUUAAAAAUACCAUGUGAAAAUUUGUUAUCAGGACUUAAGGAUAUAAUAAACAUAUAUUUUCCUUUAUUUAACAGAUUAUUAUGUUAUUUAUUGAGUUAUAUGGAUAAUAUAUACAUUAUAUACACAACAAAGAAAAUUGUAAAAUUUUUAUACAAGACAUUGUUAUGUCAUUUUAGUACCUUGACAGAAGAAUUAUUGCACAAUGAACUGGAGACUUUGUUUACAAAUAUAAUGAAAAUAAUAGAUGUUAAUUUACAUGAAUAUGUACAUAAAUUAUAUUUUGCAAAUACAAACCAAUCAUCUAAUAAAACAUCAAUAUCAGUUGCUAAAAUGACAGAAGAAUCUUCCUAUGAAAAUUUAAGUGAAUUUAUUCACAGCAAAAAUUAUGAUUUAGAUAGAUUAUUUUUAACAAUUUUAUUGAAAUCCAAAAAAUGGUGCUUAAAAAUUUUAAACUUGUUUUUAUAUAGAUCAAUUCAUUUCGAGGAAAUGAACGAGACGUGGAAGGUGCUUCUGAAACAUUUUGAAAAUAAGUAUAUAAUAUUCUUGGAGAAAAUUGCAUUUUUAAUAUUAAAAGUUAUUAUUAAUACUAGAUACGAAGACGAAGAAAGAACGAAUUAUAACAAAUUUAUUUGUUACAUUAAAUAUAUUAUAGACUUUACUGAUUAUUUGAAAUAUGCUGAUAAGUGCUUGUCGCUAUCUCUAAACUAUUUGUGUAUGAUCAUUUCUUUCGAUCAUUUGCAAGUUUUCGUGAAACAGAAUAUUCUAAGUGAAACUUUUUUAAAUUGUCUCUUCAUUCACAUUAGUAGCAGCUCGCACAUAGAGUGUAUCGAUAAUUUCUUCACGAAAAACAUCACACAAAAGGAAGAAAACGUAUUGUUUGAUAAUUUAAAAUUCGAGAGAUAUAUUAUUUGUUUCCAAAAAAUUCCAUUAUACAGAAAAUAUUUAAUGGAUUAUUACGACGACACAAAAUCAAAAAAUGUGCUGAAAAAAUACGUAAAUUACAUUAUAUUUUUAUUCUGUGAAUUAUUAGAGAAAUAUUUUUAUGAUAUAAUAUUUUAUUUAGACAAAAAUGUAAAAGAUCAAUUGGAAACAUGCCUAGCUAUACAAAAUGAGUAUAUGCAUGUACUUUAUCCUAAAAUGUUUGUGAAGAAGGAAAUAGAUUUUUCUAACGACCUAGUUGAAAUUAGUUGUUAUAAAAAGAGUAACUUUUUAAUUAAUACGGAAAUGUUUAUGAGAACAAAGAAUCACAACAUUUAUGUAAAUAGUGUAAUUUAUUACAUUUCAGAAAUUAUUCAAAAGCAUAUGAAAGAAAAUGACAUAGAACAUAACUUGGAUUGUUCGUAUUUUUAUUUAUUAAAUGAUGACACAUUUAACAAUUUGAUAUUUAUUAUUAAGAAUUUGCCGUUAUAUAAAUAUUCACAAGAUGAGUUAAUUUUCAAAGAUUUGUACAGUAUGCAGAAUAAUCAUAAUUUAAAUUUCAGUUGUCUUACGAUGAAUGACUUAAAUUUGUACAAAUAUUUUUCUCUUUUUAUGUUUUUAACAUAUUAUAAAUAUAUAUUUAUCUCAAAGGUUUUGCACAACAUCAUAGUCGAAGAGGUAUUGUUAAAACAGGGGAGUCAUAAUGAUGAGUGUAAAACAGGUUUCGACAAAGAAGAUUUAACAAUUGACGAUUACAUUGAAGAAUAUUGCAAAAAUAAAAAUGCUUACAAAUAUCAUUUCAACAAUGAUGAAGAUGAAAUAGUAAAAUUUGACCAUAUCAUUACCGAUUUUAAGAUAAGGGACAAAUCUUUUUUCCUUAACUACAUUCUAGUAAAUAUUUUUCACCCGUAUUCGAAUAACCUAAAGAGAAUACUAAUGUGGAUGAUAAAGGAAUAUAUUAAUAUGACAAAAUUCAGCGAAAACAUUUUACAGUUUUUUUUUUAUAUAUGCUUCAUAAAUUUAUUUUAUUUUGAAAAACAUUUAAAAUUUAAGUCAUUUGACACAUUGAUUACUUUGAUGUAUAGAUAUGGAAUUCCCAGGCAAAUAUUUUACAACGAUUUUAGAGAAAUUUUCACAUUUUUAUUUUUCCAAUUAUUAAUUUUGUUUAUAAAAAAUGAGUCAAAUUCGCACGAUAAUGACUUUUAUGAAAAUAAUAUAAAUGUAGUUCUGAACGACAACUAUGAGAAAAAAUGUUUUUUAGCAUAUUUAACAGGGAAUAAUGACACCCUCUGUGAUUAUGGCUAUGAUAGGAAAAUUAUAUAUAAGAAUUGUUUAUACAACGAAGCAAACUGUUUUACCGAUUUUUUUAUUAAUGAUGUGUUAUAUCAUAAUUUCCAUUAUUAUAUGGAAAAAAUAGAAGAAAACAAUUUGAACCAAUUUUUGAAUUUUAUUUCACUAUUCUAUCAAAAUGAGAUUAACAAUAAUAUUUUUUUGUUUAUCAACUUGCUAAAUGAGUCGUUAGUAGACAUCACAUCUUCCUACAUACCUGGAAAAGACAAUGAAUAUUCCUUUUUGAAAGCACUAAAAUUUUUUUCCUUUUUUCUGGAGCAUUAUAAAAACGCUAGCAGUACACAAGAUCUGUUAAUAAUAAAAAUACUGCAAAAUGAGAGUUUUAUCAAUUAUUUUAAAAAUAUAAUAAGAAGGGUGAAGAAGAAUCAGCUAUGUGAAGAAACGUUAAAUGAAAUAUAUUAUAUAUUAUACAUUUUUACGAAAAAUUCAUUAUUUAAUUAUAAAGUAUUUUGGUUUUAUUUUCUAUUCUCCGUUGCAUCAAUUUCUAACAAUUUGAAUAUAUUUCAGUUGAAAGAGAUGAAUAAACUAGAAAAAAUACGGAAUAUACCAGUGUACGUAUUUCAGUUUUUCAACAAUGUAAUUAAGAAGGACGUUUUUUACAUUUUCUUUUCUGUCGCGGAGGGAAAACUAUUCAAUGCAAAUAGUUCCAAUAUAUCAUUAAUAGAAAUUUUACGGAAAAUUAGUCUAUUACUAAUACAUUUAUCGGAUGAGAAUUUGAAUGAACAGAAUUUUUGUAACAAUAGCAUAUUACACAUAUGUGGUUUGUAUUUUUACAAUAACUUACUAUCUUACCUCUUUGCAUUGUUAACAAGAAACAAAAUUUUUUUUACACACUUACUUUGGAAUGGAUUAAAAAAAGCAUAUGAUUUGAUUCACGAUGAUAAUAAAGUUGAGUUGAGUGAUAUGGAUGACACCAUUUCUAAUUAUUCAUUUAACAAAUUUGAUGAAACAAGUAGUACAAAUAAAAAUUGUAAAAGUAAAGAAUUUGUUUUUUUGGAUGAUGAUUUAUUGGAAGAAAACUACGGAGAAGCAGAGGAAGAUGGAGAAAUGGAAGAUGAUCAAGAUGCGGAUGAAGGGGAAGGGGUGUACAUAGAAAUGGAAGAAGAUACUAGUGAAAAGAAUGUACACACGAAUGAUGUUACUGCAACUAAUUAUUCUAAGAAUCCGAAAAGUCUUUCGAGCGAUUUUUCAUUUCAACAUAGUGAUACAAACGAUAGUGUGUGUGAGAGAGAAAUGAAUGAAGCAAAUUGGAAAAACGAAGUUUUAUUCUACAGAGAAAUGAAAAACUACCUUCUGAACAAAAAGAAAAAAUUUAAAAAAAAAAAAAGAAAAAGAAACUAUCAUAAUGAUGAAAGUAACAACAUACAUAACAAUCACUCUUCAGGGGGAAAUGUUUGUGAUAAGGACAUAGAUCCUAACAAGGAAAACAAAAUUGCAAAACUAUUGAAUACGAUAUAUUUUAACAUAUUUCUUUUGAAGGAUAAAAAGAGAGAACACAUAAGAGAAUUACUGAAAACAUUAAAAUAUGUGAAUAAAAAUUUAGUUUUAAAUGGAUCAGAAAAUGAAUACAAUUUGUAUACAAUGUUAUUAAUGAUUCAGAAGAAAAGAUACAUAUAUCAGUCUUUUUCUUUGUAUGUUUUUUUAGACAUAAAGGAUUUUUUUAACAUACUAGUAGAUGAAAAUAUAUUUGGCUCCAUAAUUGAUGAAUGGAUAAAUGAUGCACUUCAUAUAUACCAAAAUUCGGAUGACUUGAAGUAUUUCAUUUUUGCCUUUUCGAAUAUAUUGAUAUAUAUUUGUAUGUAUGAACAGAAGAAAAAAAUGUCAGUCAGUAACAUUAUUAUGGGAAUUGAUGGCAAUAUAGCGAAUGGACCAGAGGUGGAAAAUAAUGGUUUUUCGUUUUUCAAAAGUAAUAGUAAUAUCAAUGGAGGUAUGAGCAAUUUUGAUAAUAUACUAAAAGACAUAGAUAUAGAAUACUUCAAUGAAUAUGCCAUAGAACAGUUGAAGGAAAGAUUAAACCGAAUUAUUAAUGCUGUAGUGAAUGUCUUUUUAAUAUUUCCAAUACCUUACGAGGAAAAUGUAAAAGUUUUUAAAAAGAAUAUACUUCGUAGAUUAGCACCUAUAUGUGGCGAAGGGGACAAUAUAGAAGAUAGUAAUUUGCUAAAAGUUAAUAGUGAUAAUAGUUGUAAUGACAACUUAAGUAGGAGCUUUAAGGAAAUUCAUUUUAAUGAUUUGUUACAAAACAUUGAAUUUAUGCAUUUAAAUAAAUAUGAACAGAAAUUUUAUGAAAGAAAUCAGAACACUUUAAAAUUUUCCUAUGAUAACGUCGUCCAUAUUAAUAAAUCAGAGGAUUUAAUACUUUACGAUAAGAAAAUAUCCAUCAAUUACUAUUUUCAAAAUAAUAUGAAUGAUGAUUUUGUAAACAGGUUGAUAUCUGAAUGUAAUAGCGAAUAUUUUAAAGUAUCCUUUUAUGUGCGAAAAGCGUUUUCCUUACUAAAUCAGGAGUUUUUUUCGAAUGAUGAUUUGAUUAGUUUAAUUGGUUGCUCGGAUAAGUAUUACAAUUUUAUAAAUAUAAUUAGACUGGAUAUAUAA